AGUUCUUCGGACCUCUCGUUACCGGAAUUCUCUCUCUUUGUUUUCUGAGACUCGUACAAAAUGAUUCAAUAAACACCUUCAAUUAAUUAACGAAAUUCUAAAAAUGGAAAUUCCAAUUGUUUGGGUUUCACUCUGUUUUUCUCCCUCAUUAUGUCCAGAAAAUCAAGUUUUUUUUUUAUAAAAAAAAUAGAAAUUCGAAAUGGGUAAAUUCAAAUACGAAACACCAGCAUUUGUGCAGCAAAUUGGUAGAUGGGUUCGAAAUCGUACUCUGAAAGAGAAGCUAUGUAUGGGCGCCAUUGCUGCGGUUGUAUUGCUUGUUUUGUUAAAAAUAUUUGUUAAAGAACAUGCCCAUUUCUUUGUUGCUGCUCAAACUUCUCAGGCUGUUGGUAUCUUACUCUUGAUUUACAAGCUCACCAUCUCCAAAACUUGUUCUGGUCUGUCAUUAAGGACUCAAGAGCUUACAGCUAUAAAUCUAUUUGUGAGACUCCUAUCCAGCCUUACAAUCCGAGGGCAAGUGCAUGUUGUACUCGAUUUUCUGAACCUUGUAGCUACUUUGUGGGUGAUGUAUAUGAUGCGGUUCAAGUUGAAAUCAACUUACCUGCAAGAACUAGACAAUAUGCCCCUGCUCUAUGUGUUAGUUCCUUGUGGUGUUGCUGCGUUAUUAGCACAUCCUAUAGGACCUUUUCCAUUGUUGAUUCGGUGGAUGUGGUCAUUCUGCAUUUCGGUUGAAGCUGUUGCUGUUCUUCCCCAGCUUCGUUUGAUGCAGAACUCAAAGAUGGUUGAACCUUUCACAUCCCAUUAUGUGUUUGCCUUGGGCGUUUCAAGGUUCAUGGGAUGUGCUAAUUGGAUAAUUCAGCUUAUUGAGACCAGAGGUGUUCACCUGAUGCUAAUAGGACAAGGACAUAUCUGGAUACUGUUGGCUCUUGUAGCUGAAUUGGUUCAUACAUUCAUCUUGGCCGAUUUCUGUUAUUACUAUGUUAAGAGUGUCAUGGAGGGGCAGACCAUAAUGAGCCUACGCUCAUUAGUUUGAAGGUUUGGAUCAUACUUUGCUACAAUAAAAGUCUGUUUGAAGCAGUAAGAUUAAAAUCCUGUUAUUAGUCAGAAGGGAGGAAACGAAAUAGGGGUAUGACUUCUUCCCUGAUAUUGUUUUUUCAAAGGGGAUUGUAUAUAUGAUCUGAUCUACCACUGCAUUUUCUUUUCUUCUUUAGAGGGUAAUGAUGGUAUAUACGUUUUUCGGACCCCUUUAAAGUAUUGUUGCUUUGGCGGAAUUUGAUUUAACUAACCAUACAACAAAGGUUUUCUUGUUGGGGGCUUCGCCCUUCUUGUUCACCAAAAAAUAAAAAGCCUUGCUUCACUGUCAUACAAAGUUUGGACAAGCAGAUUCUUGAAUGUAUCUCAAAAAAGGGUUAUUAUUCAUGUGUUUUCGGCGAAAAUUUACCAGAUAUUAUAUAGCAACAUUACUCUGUUAACUACAACAAUAGAGAGAAAAGGUGUUGAUCUCCCUUGAGUGUUUGCCUUUGUGUUAACCUUCUCAAUCUUGACCACCAAAAUCACUUUGUAUGAGGUGAUAAACUUUUAGACAGGUGAUUGUAAGCUGAUCAUUAUCU